UUCGGUUGCUACGUCAGCAAUAGCUUUACCAUGUACGCAUUAGCGAUCACUAUUGUAUUUCAACUGUUUGAGCUAUGUCUGCUAGGAACUAUCCUCAGUAUAAAGAAUGAAGAGAUCGAGCAUGCAUUCUAUGAUUCUUUGUGGUAUCUGAUGGAUCAUUCUGAGAAAAAGGACUUUUUAAUCAUGUUUCACAAAAGCCAACAUGCCAAGGAAAUGACCGUUGCCAGCAUGGCACCGCUAAAUAUCGUUCUUUUUAUUGCUGUAAGCAUAACAUAGUCAUACAUCCUUUAAAUUGGGGACCGUAUAUCCUGCAUACGUAACUUUAUUUCAGAUAAUGCAAAAGAUCUACGCCUUAGCCAUGAUGAUGAUGAGGUUUUCAGAGUGAA